UCUCGGCGGCCGCACGUGCUUGCGUUGCCGGGGCGAGAGCCGGCGUUGGCAGAGAAGGGCUUUGAAGAGCUCUCCCGGAGCGAGUGAGCCGAGGCCGAGCCAUGGAGGGCCCGAGCGUGGAGGAGCUGCUGGCGAAGGCGGAGCGGGACGAGGCAGAGAAGCUGCAGCGCAUCACGGUGCACAAGGAGCUGGAGCUGGAGUUCGACCUGGGCAACCUGCUGGCCUCUGACCGGAACCCCCCAGCGGGGCUGCGGCGCGCGGGACCCUCGCCGGAGGCUGAGCUGCAGGCCCUGGCGCGCGACAACACGCAACUGCUCAUCAACCAGCUGUGGCAGCUGCCCACGGAGCGCGUGGAGGAGGCGCUGGUGGCACGCCUGCCGGAGCCCACCACGCGCCUGCCGCGCGAGAAGCCGGUGCCCCGGCCGCGGCCGCUUACACGCUGGCAGCAGUUCGCGCGUCUCAAGGGCAUCCGUCCCAAGAAGAAGACCAAUCUGGUGUGGGACGAGGUGAGUGGCCAAUGGCGACGCCGCUGGGGCUACCAGCGCGCUCGGGAUGACACUAAGGAAUGGUUGAUCGAGGUGCCCGGCGGUGCCGACCCCUUAGAGGACCAGUUCGCCAAGCGGAUCCAAGCCAAGAAGGAACGCGUGGCUAAGAAUGAGCUGAACCGGCUGCGUAACCUGGCUCGCGCGCACAAGAUGCAGCUGCCCAGUGCGGCCGGCAUGCACCCUACGGGACACCAGAGUAAGGAGGAAUUGGGCCGCGCCAUGCAGGUGGCCAAGGUCUCCACCGCCUCUGUGGGGCGUUUCCAGGAGCGCUUGCCCAAGGAGAAGGCGCCCCGCAGCUCCGGCAAGAAGAGGAAGUUUCAGCCCCUUUUCGGGGACUUUGCAGCUGAGAAGAAGAGCCAGUUGGAGAUGCUGCGGGUGAUGAACAGCAAAAAACCUCAGCUGGACGUGACGAGGGCCACCAAUAAACAGAUGAGGGAAGAGGACCAAGAGGAGGCUGCAAAGAGGAGGAAAAUGAGCCAGAAGGGCAAGAGAAAAGGCGGCCGGCAGGGCCCUGGGGGCCAGAGGAAAGGUGCCCCGCCCAGCCAGGCCGGGAAGAGAAAAGGGGGCUUGGGAGGCAAGAUGAACUCUGGGCCGCCUCGUUUGGGCGGCAAGAGGAAAGGAGGGCAACACCAAGGAGGGAAAAGAAGAAAGUAAUUUUCACCCUCGGACCCGUCUGUAAACGAAGAACUGUACUAAAUGUUAAGUUGUAGUUACUGGGUUGGGAGGUCAGGAAUGUUGAAAAAGAUGUGCUGCCUUCACUGAGCUUGAGGUUGAAGGGAUAGGCUGCCCUCCUCCCGCCCCCCCAGGAUAGUAUGUAAAUGCUGGACUCUACAAAGUAAUGUUUUUCCCACAACCAAGAAUUGGCUGGAGAUUAAAGGAUGUAUUUGAGGACCUAAGAAUCAAGGAAAGAAUUCAGUGGAAACCGGGAAUGAGUUCUAUUUUUAAAGACAUAUUUUUUUUCUUUUUGACUUUGGAAACCGAGGGAAAGUUGGUCGUUUUUCAGACUUACAUUCGAUUUCUGCAUUAUUUUUAUAAUAAAGGAGUGUAUCAAAGCAAGGGGGAGGGGACAGAAAGAUAACAAUUUAAAAUAACUUACAAGUAACUCUUAUGAAAGUUAUUUAAUUAAUAAAAGUGCGUAUCUAAUGUU